UCCGCCUCUUCGCCAGUUCCAGCUAGUGAACUAGGAACUAGUUUUCCAUAGAAAUAUCUGUGAAAUGAAUAAAGUGAUAAAUACAGAGUUGCAAAGAUCUACUGAGGAGAAGCUGAGGAAGUUCCAGAAAUUACGAGGCCACGAAGUACGAACGGGGGAAUUCUGGGAUGUGGUUGUCGUCACGGCGGUGGAUGAGGAGCAGAAGCGGGCUUUUGAGGCGCAGAUCUCCGGCAAACUGCGGAGGAAGGAGCUUCCCCUCGGCGUUCGCUACCAUGUGUUCGCUGACCCCCCAGGCCCUAAAAUAGGAAAUGGAGGAUCUACACUGUAUGCCCUGCGCCACCUUGAGACAGAGUAUGGGCAGAGACUCAGUGGGUUUAGAAUCAUUUUGAUUCAUGCUGGAGGACUGAGUCAAAGACUGCCAAAUGCUAGUGCCCUAGGAAAGAUCUUUCUUGCCUUGCCUCUUGGUGAUCCAGUGUUCCAGAUGCUAGAGCUCAAACUGGCCAUUUAUGUGGACUUCCCUUUGUACAUGAAGCCAGGAAUUGUGGUGACCUGCGCGGAUGACAUUGAACUCUACAGCAUCUCAGAAACGGAGAACAUUGCAUUUGAUAGGUCUGGGUUUACCGCCUUAGCCCACCCUUCGUCUCUGUCCAUCGGAAGUACUCAUGGAGUGUUUGUACUGGAACCAGAGAAGAAAUCCAAAAUUUGCCAAAUGGAAUAUAGGUCUUGUUACCGCUUUCUGCAUAAACCAAGCAUCGAUGAAAUGCACUCAAGCGGCGCUGUUUGCAACAAAGCUGCUGAAAUUGUAGCUUUGAAUGAUUCUGAAUUUGUUUACACUGACAGUACGUAUUAUGUGGACCACACAACAACAGUAAGGUUGCUUGCUUUACUGAAAGUUAUUGAACCUUUGUGCUGCGAGAUUGAUGCUUAUGGUGAUUUCCUCCAGGCUUUGGGUCCUGGGGCUACAUCAACAUACACCCAGAAUUCUGCCAACGUGACAGAGGAAGAAAACAAUCUCAUACAAACCCGGCAAAAGAUAUUUCAUGAGCUUCAGGGGAUGCCUCUUAAUGUCAUUCUUCUCAAUAACUCAAAAUUCUAUCAUGUAGGCACUACAAGAGAGUAUCUUUUUCAUUUCACCAAGGAUCAUAACCUUAGGGCUGAGCUUGGACUGGUUUCCAAUGCCUUCAGCAUCUGUCCAAGGGAAAUAAAAGGUAGUUGCAUAAUGCAUAGCGUUGUCCACCCUAGCUGUGAUAUAGCCUCAGGCUCAGUGAUAGAAUACUCCAGGCUGGAUGCCAAUGUUACAGUGGAAAAAGGGACCAUCAUCAGUGGUUGCCAGAUAGGCAAUGGUUUCAGAGUACCCUCUGGAGUGUUCAUGCACUCACUGAGUGUCAGCAUCAGUGGUGCCACCACCUUUGUCACUGUCUCAUUUGCAAUAGAGGACAAUCUUAAACAAAGUUUGACAACCCCAAAGGAAAUAAACAAGCUACAUUAUUUUGGAGUUAGUCUGGAGAAGUGCCUUGACCACUGGGGCAUUAGUGUAGAAGAGCUGAAGUUUUCAGGUGACAGACAUAGCUUUAGUUUAUGGAAUGCCAGGAUCUUCCCACAGUGCUCUGAUCUGAGCAGUUCCUUUGAAAUGUCAUUGCAGAUGAUUUAUGCUUUACGUGGUAAUUCCAACUUCAGAUUUCCCAAAGAUGUCAAAUUGUUAUCUUUGCAGGAGAUCUUGAAAAACAAGAACUUGGAAGAGAUGCUGAAGUUCAGACAGGAUCUAUACAAUGACAUAUCUGAAAAUCAGCUUGGACACAGUUGAAUUAUUUGGAAUUUGAUAGAUUUUUAAAUAGCAUCUGCCUCUGCAUGACUGCAGCAGUGUGGUUAUUUUUUGAUACAUGUAUAAAAACCCCAAUUUAGAACUUUGGGAAAAGUUUCUCAGUGAUGCUAGGUUCUAUUAUUUGCAUUUUUGGAAAAUGUUCUGUUACUUCCUAAACUUUAGCUGGUUAUCAAAAUUGACUUGUGACAUACCAAUGUGUCUCCAGUGGCUGAAUGUCAGACAGUAAGGGGUGGGCUUAGAGUUUAAUUUUCAAUAUAAAUGAGAGGGUGGAGCAACUUCCACACAAAAGGGCAGCGCUGAUCUACAACAGCACAGCUGCUCAGACUUCCACAGUCCAGUCUCCACUUGUCUCUGUCAGUCUACUUAAGCACCUCAGGUACUCAGGUACCCGGGCUGCUUUUGGUCCUCGUGUCCAACACGGAUGCAGCCGAUAAUCCUAGGGGUAGGUGUGGUCUUGCACACCACAGCUUGAUAUGUGGGUGUUCUUGUCUUACCUUUGAGCUGCUUCAUCUUGCAGUGUUUAUUAUAUUAAUAUGAGGGGGAAAGGUGACAAAAUGAUGACUUGUAGUAAUGGUACUUUUUUUUUUUUUUUUUUUAACCUUUUGGAAAAUACAGCAAUGGGGUCAUGUAUUUUUUCUGCAUGCUUUUGUUGGCUUUGGAAAUAAAUGGAGGAUUUUUUUUUUUUUUAAAAAACUAGAAUGAAGAUGCAGGGACCACUGAUUGCUACUGAUACUACUCAAAGAAACUGUAAAUUAGCUUUUUUAUUAA